AUGCUGACGUGGAGACCAACACUUCGAUCUAUCGAAGACCGGGACAUUCUGCAAGCCGUUUUCAUCGUUCUAAUGUUUCACUCUUUGGCGCGCUUGGGCCCUGGGCUUGCUUUUCUGUUGUCAAUUUUCGCUUUCCAACUUGUCAUUGCCCUUCCCACCGAAUUCGGGGACUAUGACCUGUUCAACGAUACCGCUUCAAAUUCGUUUGAUAGGCGUGCGCCGAACUUUUACGCACGAAUUCUGCCGUUGGGUGCUUCUAUAGUGCAGGGCCGGGGUUCUUCCACUGGCAAUGGGUUCCGCAAAUUCCUCAGGGAUCAACUGAGAAAAGAUGGCUGGAGGGUUAAUAUGGUCGGGUCUAAAAGUGAAGGGAGUAUGGCUGACAAUAGUGUCGAAGCUAUACCUGGCUACACAGUUUCACAGAUACAAGAUAUCUCACAUCUCUCUACACCUUUCAAACCUAACAUAAUUCUCGUCAAUGCGGGAGUCAACGACUGUGAGAACGGAAUUGACAUUCCUAACAUUGGAGCUCGCUUGGCAAGUCUCCUCGAUGACCUCUUUAAAGAUGUCCCCGGCACAACGGUCAUUGUAUCUACCUUGAUCCCAGGCACCGAUCCCGAUGUUGAGAGAUUCCGGGCAGAGGCGAAUCGACAGUAUCGCUCCCUGGUCAGUGAUCGUCGAGCGCGGGGACAGAAAGUAGUCCUAGCUGAAAUGGAUGGUGUUGUUGGAUAUUUUGAUACCCGAGUGGGCAGCGGUGACUACUUUGAUGAAACUCAUCCUAACGACAAAGGCUACACAAAGAUGGCAGCUAUCUGGCGACAGGCUAUCAACACUGCUGAGUCAGAGGGUAAGCUCACUGCCCCGGCUGAUGCUCCUGGUGUUGUCGACAGUGGGGACAACACAUGCGAGAAACAUUCUACCGAAGAGACUUCAUUCUGGUUGGCAACAAUUGCUACCAGGAAUGGGCUUGAUGAUAUCAUCCAAAUCGGAGGCAAUGUCGCUGGGGGCCGAUCCUAUUCAGUGUACAGGAACAGGGGUGCGGCGACGUGGGAUGCUACACCGACCACAUUCACGAUCCCAGAUGCCUGUAUCGCACGCGGCGUGCGAUGGGCAGAUAUGAAUGGCGACGGACUUGACGACUUUGUUUGUAUUGCCCCGGGCGGUGAGCUCUCCGUCGCUAUCAACCGUGGUAAUUUUGUCUUUGAGUAUACUGGGGCGGGCAAGUACAAGCCGAGCGAGGGAUACCUGCAAGCUCGAAUUCACCUCGCAGAUAUUGACGGAGAUGGUCGCUUCGACUAUUGCGCGGCCCGUGACAAUGGCGACAUUCAGUGCUGGCGUAACGGCGGAAGGUCCGAUACUGCCGAUCUUUGGCAAGAUAUGGGAAUCGUCUUCACAGGGAAAAACAUGGGAGAUCUUAGUGGCAUCCGGUUUGGGGACAUUAAUGGGGAUGGUCGAAGUGACUGGCUUUGGUUGAAUGACCAAGGCGCAACAUGGACUUGGACCAACAGCAGAGGCUGCAUCAAGGGAGCUGAGGGCCAAGGCCUAACUCCAACUUGGCGUGCUGGGGAGAACCGUGCAAAUGGUGCCGGUCCAACGCACAUAGGUCUAGGCUUUGCAGACGCGCGGAGUGGAAUUCACUUCGCAAAAGCGUUCGGCAACCCCCAAGCGUAUAACCUUUUGCCAGGAAGAGACUAUGUCUGGAUCGAACACACUUCCAGCUCAGGACUACGCAGCACGUCAUCUCCCACCGACGAAACGACUGGAUUCUCAACAACUUCCACCCAAGGAGAUGAUCUAAUACCCUCUGUCAACUUGACCACCAGAAGUCCCGACUACGUCUGGAUCUUCUCCAAUGGUAAGAUGCAGAUAUUCGAGGGCCUUGACUCUUUUCCGGAAAAUCCCCCUUAUUGGGGGAAUAAUUAUGUAAUGUUCGAUCUUACCGGCAGCCGAGCAAUGGACCGACGGGACCUCCAUCUUGCUGACUGGAAUGGCGAUGGAGCUUGCGAUAUCAUCUACACAAAUCCGGAUGGAGGAGCGGUCGAGGUCUGGUUGAAUCGCAUCAAGACCACAGGUAACUUCAACUGGGAAUAUGUUGGUAACCCGGCUCCGAAGCUCUCCUGUGACCAGACGCGAGGUGUGGGCAUCAACGAUCUCGCUGUCAGAUUUGCGGACCUAAGUGGCAAUGGACGGCCUGACUAUCUCUGUAUGGAGAAAGACGGCCGUACAAAAGGGUACCUCCAUAAUAGUGAUGGCUCGUUUACUUGGAUUCCACAAUUCAAGAAGACUGACAAUUUCGACCGCGCAAACUAUCGAUGGGCAGAUGUCAAUGGAGAUGGCCGGGCCGACUUGAUCUGGACAGACAAGUUCAAAGGCGACGCGACCGUGUGGACGAACCAGGGAAUGAUCCAGUCCGGAGACAGCUCGUUCACAUGGGUCAACAAGGGUCCAUUAUACAAUGCUCCUGCACAAGGACAUUGUCUGCAUUUCCCUGACCUGGACGGCAACAGGAGGGCUGACAUGCAUUUUGUUGAUGCCGUAGAAAAUUCGGCACAAACCUGGUUCAACACUUGUCCGAACGGUUCCAGCGACGAUGCAGACACGCUAACAAGUCCCGUUCUGCCAUCGCCGCCGUGA